AUGGCCACCCGCGCACCAAUCGUUCAACCUACACUACCCGCUCAAUCCACUCAGCUUUGUGGCUAUUGUCACCAGAAACCCAAAUUCUCGAAUCACUUGUACUGUUCGAAAACUUGUGCAAGUCAAGCAGCGACACUCUGUAACCAUUGCCACAAGAAGCCAAAAUUCCCGAAUUUUGAAUAUUGUGGCAAGAACUGCGCUUCCCUGGCGAACCCCGGCGGCAAGACAGGUCCGGCGCAGGGACAGGCAACAGCAGGGAAAGCACCCACUUACCCCAAAGGCAGCGGGUUUAACGCCCCGAAGCAAGCGCCUCCUGCUUUCGACCCUGUUCAAAUCGCCAAAUUGGUUGUCCAGCAAAUUCCUCAAGUACAGGCUCUACUCGCGUCAAGUGCUCCCGGGAUCGCUACCCAGCUACCCGCGUCCCAGGCAGGGCUGGUAGCUGCGGUACAACCUGUACCAAACCCACAUUCCAACAACCCAUUCCUUAAUCUUACCAACCAGCCGGCCACUCAGGCUAUUCCGCAGGGUGUAACGAACGGUGUGACCUUGGCAGCUUCAUCGAACACGCUUCCCACCGCUCAACUUCAUAUUAGCACGCAGCCAGUUGCCGAUAAUAUUGAGUGCCUUAUCCCUGGCUGCGGGAAGCCUGUCCAUGUUGACGAAAAAGGAGUGAAAGCAAGUGAAUACUGUUCGAUGCGGCAUCGGGAGGAGGCAGUUACUUCGGGCCUCGUUUCACCAUGCAUUAUGUGCCUUGUCAUGCCGCAAAGCGAGACUGAUUACUUCUGCGGGAGAGCAUGCAGGGAGGAGUCAAUGAAUAAAUACCCGGACUCUGCCACGGGCUCUGACGAUUCAGAGUGA